GGAUCCAAUCAAUUCACAAGAUGAAAUGGAGAUAGCCAUAGCAUCUCUCAAGGGAAAUAGAGCCCCUGGACCUGACGGCUAUGACAUUAGUUAUUACAAAUUAUUUAGAGACAAAUUAUCCCCCACGUCACAGCUUUAUAAAAUCACUUCAUGCAGAGAGGAAAGCCUGAUACGGACAUGGCCCUGGCAAACAUAA